GCCAAGCCAUGAUAAGUUUUCAUCCUGUGUUUUUGCUCCAGUGAAGGCUGUAGAAAUCGUUGGUGUCCUGGUGAACACUGGUCAAGAGAUGUUCUAUUCAUAAAUCCCCUGCUGCUCUUGUGCUUCUGUGUUCCCCCAACUCCACUAUCAUUGCCAAACUCGCUCACUAUUCCACAUUUCCAUCUCCAUCUUGUGCUUCUGUGCUUUUCCCGCAAGAAUGCCAAAUAAACCAAGCGCCAUCUCCAACCCUGAGCUUCAAGCACCUUGACGGCCUCCUGCUCCCAAGCUAUGCCAUCGCCGCUCGUGCACACACGUCUCAAGGGCAUAGCUACAGAGAGCUCAUUGGUGGCAGGCAAAUGGAGGCUGCUCUUGUGAGUGCCUCCACAGGGGUGAUGAAACCACUCCUGUCCAAGCUUACCAAGCUGUUGGAACAUGAGUGUGUCAAGGUCAAAGGUGUGGGCAAGCAGAUCAGGUUCCUGAGAGAUGAGCUGAGCGCCAUGAAUGCCACACUCCAAAUGCUCGCCGACGUAGAGCAACUCAACCCACAAAUGAGAGACUGGAGGGACAAGCUACGCGAGCUAGCCUAUGACUUGGAAGAUUGCGUUGAUGCCUUCAUGGUUCGCGUUGACAAUGAGCGUGAUGUGCCUUCGGGCUUCAUCAAGCGGUUUUUCAGAAAGUUGAAGAAACUAAAGGAACGCCAUGAGAUCGCAAAUGAGAUCGAAGAACACAAGGCAUGUGUAAUAGAGGCAAGCGAGAGGCGCAAGAGGUAUAAUUUUUUUGAGGCGACUUCCAUAACUAAUACUUCUGUUGUUGACCCACGGCUGCCAGCGCUCUAUGUGGAGAUAGAUAAGCUUGUCGGCAUUGAUGGUCCAAAAAUGGAUAUCAUUGAGUGGUUAACCGCAGAAACGAAAGAUUCUUCAAAAGAACUUAAAGUGCUAUCACUUGUUGGUUGUGGAGGUAUUGGUAAGACUACUCUUGCAAAUCAAGUCUACCAAAGUGUUAAAAGCCAGUUUUCCUGUGCGGCGUUUGUGUCAGUUUCUCGAAAUCCUGACGUCAAGAAGAUUCUAAGAGAUAUGGCUAAAGGACUCGGGAUCACUGAUAAUACACUGGAUUAUGAUGAGCAGCAACUCAUUAAUAAACUGAGGGAACAUCUCAUGAAUAAAAGGUACCUUCUUGUAGUUGAUGAUGUAUGGGACGGAAAACCAUGGGAAACCAUCAAGCUUCCAUUAGUGAAUGAAAAUUGCGGGAGCAGAAUAAUCACUACGACACGUAGCAUUGCAGUUGCAUCAUGCUUGUCUUCCGAAAGCAAUAAUGUUUAUAAAAUGAAGCCUCUGAGUUUUGAUGACUCCAGAAGGUUGCUUUUUAAAAGAGCAUUUGGUUCUGAAAACAUAAGCUUUACUCAUUUGGGCAGCGUUCCAGAUGAGAUAUUAAGAAAAUGUGAUGGUCUGCCUUUGGCAAUUAUUGCUAUAUCUAGCAUGUUAGCUGAUCAGCACGCAAAAUGUGAAUGGGACAGGGUAUUAAAUGAUAUUGGUUCUGCGCUUGCUAAGAAGCCUGGUGCUGAGAAUAUGACAACUAUAUUAUCUAUGAGUUACUUUGAUAUUCCUCACCGCCAAAGAACUUGUUUGUUGUACUUGAGUGUGUUCCCGGAAGAUUCUGUGAUCGAGAAACAAUGUUUAAUCACUAGAUGGAUUGCGGAGGGCUUCAUUCAAGAGCAAGAAGGACGAACUAAGUAUGAAAUCGGUGGUGGUUAUUUCAAUGAUCUCAUCAAUAGAAGCAUGAUCCAACCUAUUGAUGUAGAGUAUGGUGAGGCGGAGGCAUGUCGAGUUCAUGACAUCAUUCUUGAUUAUCUCAAAUGCAAAGCUGUUGAGGAAAAUUUUGUAACUUCAUUAGAUUCUGCAGAGCAUGCAUACACUUCAGAAUACAAGAUUCGUAGGCUUUGUCUGAACAACUGCAAUGAAGAACAUGUUGCCCUGUGGGGAAGUGUGGUUCUGUCUCAUGUUCGAUCAGUUACAAUAUUUGGACAGCCUUUGCAAACCUCUUUGUUGCGAUCCGCUGUGGUUCGCUUGUUGGACCUUGGAGAUUGCAGUGACAUGAGUGACCUUCAUCUUUCAAGUAUUGAAAAGUUACUUCAUCUGAAGUACUUGCGUGUAAGUUCAUGUUCAAUAACAGAGCUCCCUGGGAAAAUUGGAGAACUGCAACAUCUUCAAACACUGGAUGUACGCUACACCCGAAUUAAAGAACUGCCCCCAGGUAUCGCAAAGCUCCAACGACUGGCGCAUCUAUAUGUUGAUUGGGAUGUUACUUUUCCUGAUGGAAUGAUUGGACAGAUGCUUAACUUAGAAGAACGGAGGGCAUAUGGAGUCCAAUCAUACGAACAACAGAAGUCGCUGCAAGAAUUCAGUAAACUAACAAAGCUGAGGACAUUAGAAAUUAGAUGCAAUUUGACUAUUCCAGAUGGCUUGGAAGGAAUGAUCCAAAUUGUGGAAAUUUACAUAUAUCUGGAAGCUUUACUAUCUUCAUGCAACCUUCAUAAUCUAUAUAUCAUGAACUUUCCAGGUGGGUACCCACUGUCGUUGGAUAAACGGCACCCUCCUUCUCCAUGUAGCCUACGGAAGCUCUGCUUCAAGAGAUGGGCCAUCUAUAAGGUGCCAAAUUGGAUGGGCUUUCUUGAAAAUCUUAAGGUGUUAGAAUUGGUGAUCAUCAAGGUGGGCCCAGAAGAUAUUGAGACCCUUGGAGCAAUACCCAGCUUGCAUUUUCUCAAACUAAGCACUGACGGAGGCACUGAUGGAAGCAUCGUCAUUCAUCCAAGCAAUGGAUUCAGAUGUCUGAAAUACUUCUCCAUAUGCAUCUAUGCUUGUGGGACCUCCCUGGAGUUUGAAGUGGGAUCAAUGCCAAUGGUUGAGCACGUCAAUCUUGAGUUCUCUGUGCAUAAGGAGGAGUGCCUGAAUGGUGCUUCGAAUUUGGGCAUCCAUCACCUCUCGUCUCUCAGCAAGUUUGAGGUCACACUUUCCAACAAUUACGUUAGCCACGAUCUGGUGGAAGGUGAGGAUAAUUGCACCGCCAGAUGUGUCGCAAGCGUCAUUAAUACUAUUGAGACACUUCCCAAUUCUUCCGUUAGCUUCAAGCAAUGGUGGGAUGAGGAUGAAUGUGAACAUUUCUUAAGGAGUUGGGGGGAGUGCAAUCAAAGGAUUGGGGAGUUAUUAACUUGAGUGCCUUAAAAAUUGUCAAAUUGAUGAGGAGCAGAUGCAGCAAGUAGCAGCUGGAGAGACUGAACAAGAGACUAAAGAGGAAGAGGAUGAGCAGACCAGUGAAAAAGAAGUGGGGAAGCAACAAGACAAUGGCCCCAGCAAUUAGAAUGCUGUAAGGGUUGGUAUCUUCUAUGCAAGUUUUCCAAGACUGAAGCUGUCUAGGACUUCCCUUUCAACAUACCUCAGCUUAUUUUCAGCACUGAGUAUACGCAUUGGAUUUUUAAGAAAUUGUUACAUUGGCUACUUUGAUUCAGGAUGAGCUAGCUAAUACCUGCACGACUGGGAGCCAUCAGCACCGCUGUAAAUUUGUAGGAAGUAUCUGUUUUCUUGGAUCAUGGUGUGUGUAUAGGAUCUGCAAGACAUUUUGUCUGGUGUCAGCUUCCUGUUAAGUCUCUACCUUUUAGAGGUCCAUAAAAAAACAGUGUGCCGUUUUAUGAUAUACUUAUGUGCUAUGCUGUUGCGUGAUUUUAGUGUCA